AUGGAGAUCACUAACGUUAACGAGUAUGAAGCCAUUGCUAAGGAAAAAUUACCAAAGAUGGUCUAUGAUUACUAUGCUUCUGGUGCAGAAGAUCAAUGGACUCUUCAAGAAAAUCGAAACGCUUUCUCUCGAAUCUUGUUUCGGCCUCGGAUUCUGAUUGAUGUAAGCAAGAUUGAUAUGACUACAAAUGUCUUGGGAUUCAAGAUAUCUAUGCCUAUCAUGACGUUAUCUUCAUGGGCUACUUCUAGUGUUGAAGAGGUUGCUUCAACAGGACCUGGAAUACGCUUUUUCCAGCUCUAUGUUUACAAGGAUAGGAAUGUGGUGGCUCAACUUGUGAGAAGAGCAGAGAGAGCCGGGUUCAAAGCAAUCGCUCUCACUGUCGAUACACCGAGGCUUGGUCGCAGAGAAUCUGAUAUCAAGAACAGGUUUACCUUGCCACCUUACUUGACUUUGAAGAAUUUUGAAGGUCUUGACCUCGGCAAGAUGGAUAUGGCAAAUGACUCAGGACUCGCAUCGUACGUGGCUGGACAAAUUGAUCGUACCUUGAGCUGGAAGGAUGUGCAAUGGCUUCAGACCAUCACAAAGCUUCCCAUUCUAGUGAAAGGUGUCCUCACAGCUGAGGAUGCUAGAAUGGCGGUACAAGCAGGAGCAGCAGGUAUCAUCGUGUCUAACCACGGUGCUCGUCAACUCGAUUAUGUCCCAGCCACAAUCAUAGCCCUUGAAGAGGUUGUUAAAGCAGCUCAGGGAAAGAUUCCGGUGUUCUUAGACGGUGGGGUUCGUCGUGGUACCGAUGUUUUCAAAGCCCUUGCGCUUGGAGCCUCAGGCAUAUUCAUCGGACGGCCGGUGGUGUUCUCGUUGGCGGCGGAAGGAGAGGCCGGAGUGAGGAAAGUGUUACAGAUGAUGAGGGAAGAGUUCGAACUCACAAUGGCAUUAAGUGGAUGCACUUCUUUGAAGGAGAUUACGCGUAACCACAUUACCACAGAUUGGGAUGCUCCUCAAGCACGUUUAGUCCCAAAGCUGUAG